AUGAAUUGGAUCAGAGGCAAAACAAUUAGUCGUGGAUCAUCAGCUGUAGUCUCCGUCGCAACCUCGCAGAAAAAUGGUGAUCUUUUCGCUGUGAAAUCCGCAGAGCUAUAUCGAGCAGAAUUCUUGAAAAGAGAGGAAAGAAUUCUUUCUACGCUUGAUUGUCCACAAAUUAUUAAGUACAUUGGUUCUGAUAUUACAAAUGAAAGUGGUGAGUUAAUGUAUAAUCUUUUUAUGGAAUAUGUUUCCGGCGGAACGCUUACUGAAGCAAUUCAAGAACAAAAGGGAAAGCUCGAUGAAUUUUCGAUUAAAUCUUAUACUGCUGAAAUUCUCCGUGGGUUGAAUUAUCUUCAUUCAAAUGGAUUGGUUCACUGUGAUAUUAAAGGCAGAAAUAUAUUGAUUGGGGAAAAUGGUGCCAAAAUUGCAGACUUGGGUUGUGCUAAAUGGAUGGACGAAGUUUCGAAUAUCAAAGACUCAUCAAGAAUUACUAAUUAG